AUGCUGAGGCAAUCAAGAAGAGAAACACUUGCACUUGCAACAAUUUCAGAGUGUUCUUCAAGUGGUUCUUCAGUUACAGUAUUAUCAAAUGUUCCAAAGGUGCAUAUAUUUCCAUGGACUUUUCAGGAAUUAAACUAUCAUACGCUUGGUAAUAUGGAUCACAAAUGUUCUAUUUGUAAAGCUAAAAUGUGGUUAGAUGAAAGAAAAUCAAAUUCAUCUAUUAAGUCACCUGUCUUUAUGACUUGCUGUGCAAAUAGCAAAGUUCUUCUUCCUCCUCUUCAAGAAUUACCACCUUUUUUAAAUGUGCUUUUAACAAGAACAAACACUCAAUCACAUUUAUUUCACCAAAAUAUUAGACUAUAUAAUUCUGCACUAGCAUUCACUUCAAUAGGAGCAAAGAUUGAUCAUUCUGUAACAAGCACUCGCAGUAUUUACACUUUUCGUAUAUAUGGAGAAAUGUAUCAUAAUAUAGGCACUUUACUUCCUGAUCAUGAAUCUUGUCCUUAG